UGGGGCCUCUUUCUAUGUCAGAUGGACACAGACACUCGCGCGCUCGUCAACUCCGAGCUCAGUCCGUUGCGUGAGGACCAGCAGCAGCUAAAGAAGCUGGACCUGGGCCGUGCGGCCCCGGACAUUUUGCAAAACGAUCAUCUGGGGCAGUUUGUGCUGACCUUCCCAAUCCCUGUGCCCGAGAACGAGCAGAAGUUUGCCACACUGGUGGAGGAUCCUAAGAGUCUGUGGGCGGCGUUUUUCCCGGCGGAGACGGUGCACAGCGCGCACCCGGAGUAUCCGGACUUUGGAGAAAUCACCUUGAAGGAGUUCACCGAGAAGGUGGUGAAGCAUGUGGUGAAGAUCCUGGGACAGCUCGGCUGUGAGGUGCAUCAGUUCCACUCUGUGGACGAUGACGAGCUGUUCGUGGCCUUUGGUCUCCGGAGGUCCACGGAGGCCUUGCACGACCUUGCGAUCCGGGCGGAGGCCCGGGUGCGGGUGGCGCCACAGGCGUACGCGGCGGUGAAGAGCGAGUGCCCCACGGAUGAGAAGGUGGACAACGCGUGGCAGCGACGUAAGGUGGGGGUGAAUCUGAAGGGCCAAGAGGUGUACAAUGAGUGCCCUUUGUACGUUCGCUACACCCCGGGGCUGCACGACAUGGUUGAGGAGCCCAAAGACACCGAGGUGCUGCGGAUCUUGCGCCGGGGGCUGCGGGGGCGGAUGUCCAUCGUCAAGCUCCUAGAGGAGAAGGUGGCGAAUGUCUUCUUCGCAGUGCACAAGUGGGACGAGCUCAAAGAGUUGGAGAAGAGGGGCUGGAACGACCCCACGCGGGUCUGCUACUGGCCCUACGAGGGCAGCUCCGACUCCGUGGAGGAGUACUUCGGAGCCCCCACCGGGCUCUUUUUCCACUUCUACAACAGCUUCUCUCGGUGGGUCUUCUUCCCUGCUGCUGUCAGCAUCAUCAUUUUCCUGAUCCGUAAGCUGGUACCGAAGACGCACGUGCACGUCAUUGACACCCUCUUCGGGCUGUACAUGUGCCUCUGGACCACCUUCUUCCUGGCUUACUACCAGCACGACAAGAAUGUGAAGCUCCUGCGCUGGGGCAUGACCACGGACGAGAGCGCCGGCACCGUGCGCCGGGAGUUCGACGAUGCGCGCCGGGGCACGGCGCGCGAGAGUUUCCGCAAGCUGUUGCACUGGUUCCUGUGCUGCUUCUUUAUCUGCGAGACGCUCUGGUUCGUGUAUUGGGCUACCAACAUCAGGGCGGAAGCUGUGCAGAACCCGAGCGGCAAGACCUUCGGCCUGGAGAAUGAGCACAUCAUCCGAGGCUACACCUACGCGGUCACCUUGAACAUCAAGCUGGUGGACUGUACUUGGUCGCCUUUGUCCAUGUGGCUGAGCAAGAAGGAGAACCACCGCACGGACAUGGAGCUGAAGUCCAGCAUGGCGGUGAAGCUCUUCGCGGUGAAGUUCGUGGUCUUCUACUUUCCCUUCGUCUACGACAUCGUGCUAAGGCCCCGCGUGGAAGGAUGCCCCGGGGACACCAUGGAGGGCUGCAUCCACAUGGCCCGCGGGAACCUGAAGGUGGUUUUCGUGACUCAGAUCAUCUCCGGAGCCAUUGCGCUGCUUUUGCAGGUGGCAUUUCAGCUGUGGAGCGUCAAGGCGGCCUUGAGGAACAAGAAGGGCAGCUCUAUGAUCACGUUUCUGGAGGUGCAGGCUUUGAUGAGUGAGUUCGACGUGGCCACGGAGGUGGACGAUUUCAUGCAGAUCGUCCUAUCCUUCGGCUUCCUGGCGAUGUUCGGGACGGUGUGCCCGGUGAUGUGCAUGUUUUGCUUCGUGGCCAACUUGGCGCUGAAGAAGCUCUUGGCCUUCCGCUUCUCCUUCGCACAGCAAAGGGUCGUGCCGCAAAUCGACACGGGCCUGGAUGCGUGGAUGUGGAUUCUGCAGUUUCUGGCAUACGCGGGGGUGACCUGCAGCUGUUACAUCGUGAUCUUCAUGUUCUUGGACGAUAAAGUCAAUUUGGCGAGCAAGCUGUUGCUCUUCAUCCUCUCCGAGCGGGCGAUGGGCGCCGUGAAGAUGUGCCUGGACAGCAGCCUGGGGAAGAAGUCGGUGGCGCAGCAACGGAUCGAGGAGUGCAACGAGGAUGUGCUGGAGCUCUUGCUGCUCGCUCCCAAGGAGGAUCAGAGCCCCUGAAGUUCGCUGUUGAUGCCGCCGCCGUCCAUCGGCUUCGGCCUUCGCUUCGGAUGUGUCGCGCGAAACCGUUUCACCACGAGGCUUGGCGUUGCCGGGGGGAAGCUUUCAAGCCACGAC